GCAUAGGGCAUGCCACCCAAGAAGAAGGCCAAUCGCACUAAGAAAGUAGCCAUGGAGCCAGUUGUUUCCCAAAUGACAACAGUCACCACCCAGAUGGCCGGAGGCGUGGUGGUGUUGGAGGGCGUGAAGAAGAUCGAUGAGAUGGCUGCUUUGGAUAUGGUCCAGCUCAACAACCUCCCCCUGCCCCCUCCCGUCAUCAAGCCCGGAGAGAGAGGCCUGGGUCUGGGCUGCGAGCUCACACGCCCCCUCCACGGCAAUGCCCUGCUGGAGGAACUAAGCCGCAUGCGCCAGGAGCGCUUCCUCACUGACCUGGAGCUGGCCUGUAAGACCAAGGCCUUUGACGUUCACAAGCUGGUCAUCUCCUCCAUCAGCCAGUACUUCCGGGAGAUUCUGGCUAAGGAUCCCGGAAUGAAGCGACUGGAGCUUCCCUCACUCUCCCCCCUCGGCCUGGCCAAUGUUAUCACCUUCGCCUAUCUGGGUCGCGUCCACAUGUCGCUGUACACCAUCGGCUGUACUGUGUCCGCGGCGGCCACCCUCCAGAUCCCCCAACUGCUCAAGAUGUGCACGGACUUCCUGCUGGCCGAGAUGAACGUGCAGACGUGCGUGUACGUAUGGAACAUCGCCGCCGCCUACGGCCUGAUUGGAGUGCGCAAUGCCGCCCGCCGCUUCGUGCUGGAGAACUUUGUCACGUUCACCGAGACGCCCCUGUUCAACCAGCUGACCCUGGAACAGAUCACGGCCUUCCUCCAGGAGGACAGCCUGGUGCUGCCUUCUGAAGUCACCGCCUUCCAGUUGGCCAUGAGAUGGCUGGACUUCGACCCCAGGCGCCAGGUGCAUGCCGCCGAGCUGCUUUCCCACGUGCGCUAUGAGACCAUCCCCGCCAACGAGCUGGUGAGUGAGAUACAGCCCGUGGCCCGCAUGAUGAUGGACCCCCAGUGCCACCGCCUGCUGGUGGACGCCAUGAACUAUCACCUGCUGCCCUACCAGCAGAAUACGCUGCAGUCUCGCCGCACGCAGGUGCGUGGAGGACUUUCCACCCUACUGACCGUUGGUGGGCGCCCCUCCAUCACUGAACGUGCACUGAGCAGGGAGGUGCUGUGGAGAGACCAGCGUGAGGGCGGGGCCACCUGGCGCCACCUGUCCCAGCUGCCCGCCAAGAGCUUUAAUCAGUGUGUGGCAGUGAUGGAUGGUUUCCUGUAUGUGGCCGGAGGAGAGGACCAGAAUGACGCACGCAACCAGGCCAAACACGCCGUCAGUACUCUUAGCAGGUAUGACCCUCGCUUCAACACCUGGCUACAUCUGGCCAGCAUGCGCCAGCGUCGCACCCACUUCAGCCUGGUGGCAACCGGGGGGCGCCUGUACGCAAUCGGUGGCCGCAACGUGGAAGGCCUGCUGGCCACCACCGAAAGCUACCUGCCAUCUGCCAACGCCUGGCAGUUGAAGACGCCCAUGGAGGUGCCACGCUGCUGCCACGCCAGUGCCACACUGCCCUCAGGGGACAUCCUGGUGACCGGCGGCUACAUUAACUGUGCCUACUCGCGCUCCGUGGCCUGUUACAGCGUCGAUACGGACACGUGGAGCGAGAAGGCUGGCCUGGAGACCCCCCGCGGUUGGCACUGCUCCUCCGCCCUGGGAGGAAAGGUGUAUGUGGUCGGCGGGAGCCAGCUGGGGCCCGGCGGGGACCGUGUGGAUGUCCUGACCGUGGAGGUGUUUUCCCCGGAGAGUGACCAGUGGAGCCGGGCCGCCCCUCUGCCUCUGGGUGUGAGCACGGCUGGUCUGUCGCCCUUCGGGGAGCAGCUGUACCUCCUGGGAGGAUGGAACGAGGCAGAGAAGCGCUACAAGGCAGCCGUGCAGAAGUACACCCCGGCGACGGACAGCUGGUCCAUGGGGGAGGAUCUUCCCGAAGCCACAGUGGGCGUGUCUUGCUGCACACUGACCCUCCCGCCUCGCCAUGCCCCCCGCAGGCAACAGCACCGCAACACCCCAGCCGCCAAGGUGGAGCAACCACAGAGAGAGAGCAGCGCAGCCCGACAGCCAAUCACUGCAUGAGAGAAAAUGAAAGAGAGCAAAUGAAGAAAAAUGA